AUGGCUACGAUAGUUCAUCGUCAGGCCCUUGCACCUCGGCCGGUCAACGACAGCACGCCCCAGCGACUCUCAGGCAGUGCAGGCCCCGGGAGCUCUCAUAGUCUCAAACGAGCUCGUGAAGACGACGGAGAGGACGUGGUCGCAUCGAGGAUCUGCAAAGCGCUCCCGGGCGAGCCUCGACACAUCAGUGAUACACUCCGGGCAAUCGCUCCAGAGACCAAGAUAGCUGCGCUCGAGCUCACUCCCCGUCCUAUGAAACCAGCUCAUACAGUCGCAAAAGUCGAUAAGCAAGCUGACCGAACAACCGAGGAUAAGCUUACGAAGGGAAACCGCACGUCGUCGAAGAAGACGCGUGAGGAAAAGGAAAAAUCUCAUGCCGCAAGACUCGCUGCUGAAGAAGAAUUCAGCUCCAAGUAUCGAAGCGCGUUUCCCUCUUGGAAAUUUUACUUCGACGGAGUUCCCACAGCAGCAGUAGCAACCGCAACUAAGCGUAUCGAGUCGUUAGGAGCGGUCGUAUCAACCGUCCUCUCCAAGGAGGUCACGCAUUUCAUCAUCCCGACUAAGCUCGAGAAGGAAAAUGGAAAGUCGCAGAAAUCUCUUGUUGUUCCGAAAACAACGACGACGCUUCGAAGUCCAUUUGAGCUGAAAAUCUCGCCUGAUGCAGUCGAAAAGGCAAAACAGUGGGGUUUGAAAAUGUGGGAUAUCGCAAAGCUCGAGUCCGUCUUGGACAGAACCCUCGCUCGUCCGUCCAAGUCUGAACCUACCACGACCACGACAGCAGCAACGCACACUGCCUCUCAAAAGCUGGCCCUCGCAUCCGUCGUUCCCAAGAAUCCCUACGGCACCCUUGGUGUGUCGAAAGCUCCCAAAGCGCAAGGCCAUGGCGGUACCUGGCAUCUCCCUCCACCGUCUAAACGACCAAAUGCUGCAUCCGCUUCCCUUGCAAGUCUACUUGCUACGGAAAAGGCGACAAACAUGACCCUCGAACGCGAUCCCAAUUCCAGGAGGCAUGACUACACCUACUUUAACAAACUCGCCGCCUUCCUCAUCGUCGACUCUACCAACAUCGAUUAUCAAGGCGUUGGUCGCCUCGAGUUCGAAGCCUCCAAACCCACGGUCACUCUCCCCCUCAAACUCUCUUUUGGCGGACCAGGCGUCAACGAAAAUCGAUCCGCCUUUGUCGCCGCUCACAAGGGACAGAAUGGUCACCUCGAUUACCCUAUUCUCUACAUGGAUCACCGCAUGCGCUGCCCUUUUCAACCGUACAACCAACGAGUUGAGCAAAAGGAACGUCGGGCCGACGCUCGAGACAAAGCCUACGUAGAAGACCGACAACAGAUCAUUCGCUACGUUCGCGCAUAUAAACGACAUAACGAGUCACUCAAUCGUACCGUCGACCUCCAGCAACUCGUGUCCGAGGCCAUUGCUGCGCUCAGCCCUGCGACUGGCGAAACUCCCAGCAAGGCCAACGUCACUGCAAAGCUCGAUGGUCACGCCCCGGCUAGCACUAAUCCCGACAAGGACCGAGCAUCUGGCUUCAUGCGCUCCACGGCCAACCAAGAGAGUUUGGCAAGCAUGGCCAGUGUGACCAGCCUCAGUGCCGCUACCGGAGUCCCAACGACGAUGUCGCACCCCACCACUGGCUACUCAUUCUCCCAGUCUGGAGGAAGUUGGACGAAGCAUGUCGGUGCAGGUGGCAUUGUUCCCAACUUUAGCGGUGUUCGACAUGCUACGCAGGUCGUGAUGAAUCGUGGCGCUUUCGCUGCUGAAGCAGCCCCCGAAGCUCCAGUUUUGAUCGCUAGGACGAAGACGGCGGAUGACUUGACCGUCAAGGCAGCUCGCACUGGUGGAGACCCCACAUCUAUUCGUCGUACCAAGAGCUUGGCUACGAUUCAGAAGACUAAGGAGUCUCAACCUGUGCCGACGAAAGAGGCGGAGAAGAAGCAGCUCGGCCUCUGCGAAUGCUGCAAGGAACAAUACGAGUCGCUGGCCGAGCACGUGCAAAGUCAUCGUCAUCGCAAAUACGCUUGUGACCCUCGUCGCUGGGGUGAAGUUGACGCCAUGGCGAAGAAAUUAAGACGAUAUCGCAAGUCUGAUUGGGAGGGCAUCAAUCAAUAUCGAGAGAACCUUCGCCUACAAAUCUUUGCUGCUCAUGGCCGUCCUCUCGAUGGGAAUGAUGCUACGCCCGGAGAAAUUCGCUUGACGAAAUCGAUUUCCAUUGCAGAGGCAGUCGCAUUGGACUCGACACCCGCCACUGGCAAGGCAAGGUACCCUUCUUCGGCGAUGAAAACGCCGAUCAAGCCAAUCCAGAUUCACGGCUGUGAAGUGAUUGACUUGACAAUCUCCACGUCAACUGCCGCCGUCGCCGCACCUAGCGAUCUCGGGACCUCAACCAACAACGCCACAACCGACGGUAUGACGGAGCCUGGCACCAUCGAGACGAUGGCACUAACGACGACUGCAACGACGACUACGAGUGUCGCCUCUUCGACGCCGUCGGAGAUUGUAACCGAGGUCGUAUUUGAGCGUCCUUAUGGGCGUGCCGUGCGCAAGCAGGCGACGCCUUUGCCGGAUCGUAAGUGGACGGAGAGGGAUUUGCCGAGCGUUGGAUCUGAUACGCCACUUGUUGCGCUUGCGGCUCGUGGCGGGUGGACGAGUGAGUUGGAAGACGACGAAGAUAGGCGGGUUGUUUUGGAGUGA